GUAGCCUCUUUCUUGCUCCCGUUGCCCCCCACCAAAGCCGGGCUCGAGCAUUCCUGCCAGAAGACACGACUCUGCAUAUCGGACAAGCCUGGGUCGACACCCGCGCCGCCAACAUGAUUCAGCACACUAUGAUAUCCAGGCUCGACGGCCUGCUGUUGACCGCUUCCGUCGACGAUGAGCAGAUGGGCGCCGAGUUCAACGAGGUCAAGGGCAAGGUGAAGCUCGUCCAGCGCCGCCUGAACCGCAACGCUGAGCCACAGGCCAGCAUAGAGAGCGGCAACUACACAUAUCACUACCUGAUCGAAGGCGACCUCUGCUUCCUCUGCAUAUGCGACCGCUCCUAUCCCCGCAAGCUUGCCUUUACCUACCUCGCCGACCUCUCUCGUGAAUUCACCAUCACGUACCAGCCCCAGCAGUAUCUCUCGCCGACAUGCCGCCCGUACGCCUUUGUCGAGUUCGACACCUUCAUCCAGCGCACAAAGAAGACGUACCAAGAUUCGAGGGCGACGCAAAACCUGGACAAGCUGAACGACGAGUUGAAGGAUGUCACCAAAGUCAUGACCAAGAACAUUGAAGACUUGCUGUAUCGCGGGGACAGCCUAGAGCGGAUGGGCGACAUUUCAAGUCGGUUACGCGAGGACAGCAGAAAGUACAAAAAGGCGGCUGUGCGCAUCAACUGGGAACUAUUGCUGAAGCAGUACGGUCCUGUUGGCGGGCUUGCUUUCAUCAUCAUCAUCUUCAUAUGGUGGAGGUUCUUUUAGGUCAUACAUGCAGCGACCCGGUGCUAUUAAACACAUGCCCAGUUGGACAGCUUUGGGCACUCUCGGCGUUGGAGGCGUUCGACUGCACCAACUACGGGCGGCGAUAGACAUUUAAUAAUACACAUUUUAGG